AGGGCUCUUACUCGGGGUGAAGGCAGACAUGGAGGAGCUGAGCGCCGUGGGAGAGCAGGUUUUUGAUGCGGAAUGCAUUUUAAACAAACGCCUGAGAAAGGGAAAGUUGGAGUUUCUGGUGAAGUGGAGGGGAUGGUCAUCCAAACACAACAGCUGGGAGCCCCAAGAAAACAUCCUGGACCCAAGACUGUUGGCUGCAUUCAACAAGAAAGAGCAAGAGAAAGAACUUCUGAUGCGUAAGAAAGGGAAAAGGCCAAGAGGGCGACCACGGAAAAUUCUAGAAAAUGUGCCUGAAGCUCCAAAGUCCAGCAGCUCUUCAUCUGGCUCAUCAUCAUCAUCUUCUGAUUCCUCCUCCUCGUGCUCCUCCUCUUCAUCCUCGUCAGACGACGACGAUGACGACGACGGCCACGCUAAAAAUGCAAACCCGGGUGUCAGAACACGAGACCUUCAUCCUGUCCCUCAGAAGAAGGCACAGAUUGUCGUUGCAAAACAGGAGCCCCCAAAGAAGCGAAGCAGGAAACCUACGUCUCCUGACGCGAAGGAAUUUCAACAGAACAAGGGCCCUCGCAAAAUCCUGAAGGCGUCCAAAGAUACUGAUCUCCCGGGAGCGAUCAAGAAGCCGGUUCACCCAGCGAGCUUCACCUUCAUGGGUUUUCAUCGGGGCUCGGGUAGGGAUGCAGUAGCUGGUCAGAACAGGAGCUCUCUGACCCAGGGUGGGGCUGUUAAAAACUCCAUGAGCUCCAUGGGAUCUGGCAGGUCAGUCCAACCUGCCUCCCUCUCCCUGAACAAAUCCAGCCAGAGCAGGAAUGUCACUGAGGGUAAACUGUCCAUCUCCAGUAUGAGCAGUGGGACAAGUCUGGAUUUGAAAGCAGCUGCUAGUAAAUCAAAAGGGGUAGCAGCGUUGAAUUUGAAUACAUCCAAACACCUCAUUCAAGGAACCACUCAGCAUACACUAAGCUCCCCCAAUGGACAAAAGAAACCCCAGGCCCCUGUGUCAACACUGCAGCGAAUACCCAAUACUAAGGCAGUGGCUUCCUUACCAUCUAAAAAUGCCUCCUCCAAUCAAGGUUCUGCCCCUCAGCCGCUCAACCUUCAGAACAAACUGGUGCAAAGCAAUGAUGGUCCUGGAAAUGGCACCACUCCAGCAUCAGGCCUGAGAAACGCAACAAACCCAGCAAGGAAAACUACUGUCUCACAAAAUCAGGAGUAUAAUCCUCCCAAGAGUCCAGCGACCCCUGGGAGACUUCAGGCCCGCAAGAGCCAGCCUGGAGCAGAUAAGGUCAAGGAGGCGACUGAAAUCCAGACCCCCAGAGUCCAGGGCAGGCUGGAGAAGGGCUGUGUGCAAAAAUCCUCCACAGAGGUCCAAAGCCAGCAAGAGAGAUCGGCCUCCAAAGAUGGCAAGAAAGCCAAAAUGAAUGACAUGAGUACAGGUGAGGAGGAGAGCAGCUCAGACUCUGACCAGGAUUCUUCCUACGCUGGACAAGAUGGCUCGGUAGCGGUCCAGAACCAGGACUGGAAGCCCACGCGCAGUCUGAUCGAACACGUGUUUGUAACAGAUGUCACUGCUAAUCUUGUUACUGUCACAGUCAAAGAGUCACCAACCAGUGUGGGCUUCUUCAGCAUUCGCAACUACUGACAGGACUCCAGACACUGCAAACCAGAUGGGCUUUGAAGCAAGCAGUGGUUUCGAGUUCUGAAGGAUUUGGAUAAACCUUUGGCUGAAAAAUUCCUGAGGAAUGCGUCAGGGAUCAGAGGUUAACUUGCGCUUCGUCUUCUUUUAGUAAGAGACCAGUUUUAGGUUAAAAAAGAUCUGAACGUCAGUUAUUGAUUGUGAUUAUUUAUUUGCUCAUGUCUACAAAUUGUGCAAGAAAUGGCAGUGGAGGUCCACAGAGGUGCAAGAGGCUGCGUUUUGGUUUUGCCUGAUGAUCUGAAAGGAACAAAUCUUAUUUCACUGAGUCCAAAAUUGCAUCAUUCCCUCUCUGGAGAAAAAAUACUUUUUCAUCUUUAACUAUCAAGAUAAAACUAAUGUUCCACGUAGGUUGGUGAAUCUAUGUGAAAUGUAAUCAUUCAUACACUGAUUCAUGUUGAUCUCUUCUGUGUUUCUCUGUUGAUGAGAUCUGUUAUAACUUACAACGUUAAUAAGAGGAAAGUCUUACUGAAGAAAUGAUGAAAGGGUAGGCAUGAGCAGGUGUAGCUUUUCUUAUGGGUAGCAGACAUUUAGUUCAUAAUGUGUCAGUGUUGUGAAUCCAUAUCACUCCAUAGCUAAGGUAAACCAGUGUUUAAUUCUUAGUAUAGUAUUGUUUAUUUUUUUUAACAUUUCAUAAGUUAGCUACCUCUUUAUUUUCCACGUUUGCUGCAUAUGUAUAUUCAUCUCUCGUGGGAGAGAAAAACUUGUCCCUCCAGGGUAUACCAUUGUGUCUAUAAUUGUUUUUAUAUAGCUCUAAAUGUAUUCAACUCUCAUGCUGUAUAGACUUUUGUAAGGACCAGCGACCAGCUCCAGCAGCAGACAACAGCUUCAUUUCUGUGUCAUGAAAAACUCCCAUCAGUACAGCCUCUGAGUUCCGCCCGGUGUUGAACUGUGCGCUUCAUUAUCGCCUCAAAAAGAAGGUUCAUUCCACAGUGCAGCCAGUUUAUCAACAGAGUUUUCCAAACGGGCUGAAGCAUGUGGGGAGUCAGAUACAGUAUCUCUGUUCCUCCCCGGUGUUCAGAUAAGACUCAGCCUGAGGUUUGCUCUUCUGCCUCUGCAUCAGUUCUGUCCUUCAUUCACCAGCAGCUCUAAUCUUCUCAGACUUGUAAUUAAUAUGGACAAAAACCAGAGAAUAAGUGCUUGUGUUGACAUGGCAGGACGUUCAUGGACAGUACACCUGACGAUGCUUCUCUCUCAGUCUGUCAGAGCUUCAUAUGAGCCUUUGAAGGCAACUGCUUUGAAACCACUCUGGGAAAGGUUGGGUGUGGACAAAGCUUGGCAAUAAACUGCUCAGCAUUGUUUGUCGCUGACCACAAAACGCCAGAUGUCGUCGUGUCUGUUGCUACUGGUCUGCUAAUGUCGUGGACUGAAAUACCAGAUUUGUUUUUUUGUUUUGUUUUUUCCCUUGCAGCUGCAGACGUCUCACUUCACCUGCCUGCAUGGGUUCAGGAGCUGUAGGCCCGGCCUCCCAGAAAAAGAAAAAAAAAAGAUCUUUAUCUGAUGUAACGGAAAAGAAACCACAACAAUGUGCGCUACUUUCUGCUCCCUUGAGAGGAGUUCAGCAACAAAGCACUUCGACUGAACUCUUCUGUCUAAUCCUGCUCUGCAGACUGUGCCUUUCUUUCUCUCAAAGACUAAACACAAAGGCAUUACCCCAAAGAUAGCUAGAAUUUCAGGUUGUUCAAUAAAGGAGGACCCCUAGAGCAUAGCACGGAGACUGGACCAUUUUCAUGUCCGUGUUGUUUUGAAAUGGAAGACUUAUCACAAAUGUAUGGAACAGACACAUAUUUGAUGCCUUACUGAAACAGUAGAUCAAAGUUAUUGAAGUAGUUUCCAUUCAGAACCAACUGAAAACAAAAGGGGUGAACUCUCAUAUUACAGGUGAAAACUAUUAGUGCAGCAUUUGCUGUCUUCUUGGCAGUAUAGCUCCAGCAUAUAUUUCUUUCAAACUCAAAGAUGCAUCAGACAGUAAGUAAAGUUUAGUCUAGGUGCUAUCAGAAUGCCAUUUAUCAUGUUAGGGGGAAUGCAAGGUGUUUCUAUGAAAAUGUUUUUUAUUGUAUCAGCUUUUCUUAAUUAACGAAAAGAACAAACUUGAUAUAAACAUGUUUCCAGUUGUGGUCCUUAUUUAGAUCUACUAACCAUCUCAGUGGAAUUUUGUUCUCUUUACAAUCUAUUUAUUUCAAAUCAAGAACUUUUCAGGGUAGGACAGUGUCGUCAAUCCACGUAUUGUGCCACUUGUCAAAUUGACUAAUAAAUGGUACAACCUUA